CCUGGCAGCGCGUCAUGCAGGUACCCACAGAGGCGGGGUACGCCUACUCAUCCCAAAAGGGUGUCGUAUCCCGAAUAGCAUACACAUUGUCUGGAAUCAAGUCGAUCAUUAAUCAUUGCUUACCACAUAGAGGCUACGAUCGUACAACGUAGGAUCUACUCUGCUCGUUGUUACUUAACCUCCUUUUUUCCCAGACGAAUUUGCCAUCACAGCCAUACAUCCACAACGCGCUUGAUCUACACCACGCAGUACAACAGCAUACUACCAUACUACGCAAAAAAUGGCGCCUCCAUCUUUCCGUGAUCUUCUCGGCAUGCCCGCCUCUACAGCCUCGACUAGCGACUCUGCCCUUCUCAUCAUUGACGCUCAAAACGAAUAUUCAUCCGGCGCUCUCACCGUAACAAACGCUGCAGCAAGCGGGAAGGUCAUUGCCGACCUUCUUGACAAGUACCGCAAAGCAAACGGCAAGAUCAUCCACAUCUUGCACCAGACACCUGAAGGCGCACCCGUCUUCACGCCUGGCACUGACCUGGCGGAAGAGUUCAGAGAGGUCAAAGCACGGGACGGAGAAGAGAAGAUCUGGAAGAACUACCCCGGAUCCUUCGAACAAACAUCUCUGCAUGAGACAUUGGAGAAGAUGGGUGUUAAGAAGCUCGUCCUGACUGGUUACAUGGCACACGUCUGCGUGUCCACAACUGCCCGUGAGGCUUUCCAGAAGGGAUACGAAGUCGUUCUGGUAGAGGACGCGAUUGGGGACCGCGAUAUUCCUGGUGUUAAGGGUGACGAGGUCACCAGGGUGGCAUUAGCGGAGCUGGCAGACGUGUUUGGCACCGUUGUCAAGAGCGCUGACAUCAAGUAGACGGAUAAGUUAUGAAUAGAGACAU